AUGCGUCGCGAGACGUACAUUUCAUCAGAUGACAACGUUCGAGUGUCCGAGUUGUUGCAGAACUUUGGAGAGGGACCGGGGAACACAGUGAGAAUUUUUCGCGAUCCUGCAACAAGUCUCACAAGCUGUAUCACCUUCCAGACCGCGCACAUGAGGAGGAUGGCGAGGAAGUUUCCAGAGGCUCCAUGCAUAGAUGCCACGCAUGAAACUAAUCUCAACAGAUACCGUCUCUUCAGUUUUAUGGUUACCGAUAAGUUUGGAAGUGGUGCAUUUGUGCAGCACGCUUUGAUCGACGAAGAAACCAAGUUCCUGAGCUUGCUAGAUUUGGAGAUGAGAGCAGGUUGA